AUGAGUUUGUUCGGCUUUGUUGAGCCACAAACGCAGUCACAAACGCAGUCACAAACGCUGCCAAAAACGCAGCCACAAAUACAGCCACAUUGCAGUCACAAACGCAGCAACAAACGCAGCCACAAACGCAGUCACAAACGCAGUCACAAACGCAAUCACAAACACAGUCACAAACGCAGCAACAAACGCAGCCGCAAACGCAGCCACAAACGAAGCCACAAACGAAGCCACACAAGCAGCCACAAACGCAGUCACAAACGCAGUCACAAACGCAGUCACAGACGCAGUCUCAAACGCAGUCACAAACGCAGCAACAAACGCAGUCACAAACGCAGCCACAAACGCAGUCACAAACGCAGCCACAAACGCAGCCAUAAGCGCAGCAACAAACGCAGUCACAAACGCAGCCACAAACGCAGCCAUAAGCGCAGCAACAAAAGAGGCCACAAAUGCAGUCACAAACACAGCCACAUACACAGCCACAAACGCAGUCACAAACGCAGCCACAAACGCAGUCACAAACGCAGCCAAAAACGCAGCCACAAACGCAGUCAUAAACACAGCCACAAACGCAGCCACAAACGCAGCCACAAACGCAGCCACAAACGCAGCCACAAACGCAGCCACAAACGCAGCCACAAACUCAGCCACAAACGCAGCCACAAACGCAGCCACAAACGCAGCCACAAACGCAGCCACAAACGUAGCCACAAACGCAGCCACAAACGCAUUCAAUCGCUCGCCAGAGCCCACUGA